CGUUCGCAUUUGCACGUGCAGGGCCGCAGCCCUGAAGCAAGACCUGCCACUUUUGCCGUUACCCCCCUUUCUGGUGCGGCGCAACUCCAAGGCGGAAGCCAGCAACCACCCACAGGCUGGCCGGGCACAGCUGUCAUCUACAAGCACAGCCGUCGCCGCGCACAGCUGUCACCUACGCGUCGCCUGCCGCCGUCGGCGUGCCGAGGCGGGCGGAGCGACGGGCGGCUCUCCGCCAGAAGGCAGCGGCUGCUCAGAGGGGACCCGAGGCUUCCAAGAAGGCUUCAUUGGAAAUGGCAUGGCCCUGUGAGACGCCGCCCUGCCUCCUGGAAGACCGCCCCUCGUCCGCGACACCCCCUCGUGGGGAAACAAGAAGCUGCCGAUACCGCUGCUCCCCGGACCCCUCCCAGGUAUGGGGUACCGCUUCCUCCUCCGAGUCCGCGCGCCGCCGAGCAGCGGCCUUGGGCACAGGCGUCACCCGCGAGCCUUUGCCUUUGCCUUGGGCUUCGCCUUCGGCUUCGCCUCCGCCCUGCCUUCGCUGCCGCCGGGGGCCGCCCUGCCCCCGCCUUGGCCUUGGCCUUCGGCCGGGGCGACGCCCCAGCGGCUGCGGAGGGGUGCCCCGAGCCUCGCGCGGCCGGCGGCCUCGCCUCGCUGGGGCCCUGGGCGGCGUCGGCGGCAGAUAUGCAGCUUCGCUGAACGCAGACGGCCCGGAAGCUUUUCUCUUCGUGCCAGUGCCCUGGGCAGAAGCUCCACCCAUGGCGUGGCGACGGGUCAUCUCGCGGCACCGCGCGUCGUACUCUGGGCGGCUCUUCCGGUACAACGUCGCCGCUGCCUGGUCCAGGGGGUCUGAGAAGUUCGGGUCCGUCAGCAGCGAGGAGAUGGAAAGGAGGACCUUCUGUAGAGACAGCACGGGCGACCACUUGUCCUUCAGGAUGUCCAGGCAGAUGUCCCCUCCGCCACUGACGUUGGGGUGGAAGAUGGGGGUCCGAAACUUCACGAUUGGCGGCUCCAUUGGGUACCGGGUCGGUAAGCGCAUGUCCAGCUCAAACGAGCCACCCUCGUAAGGGCUGCCCUCCGGGCCGGCCACAGUGGCGCUCCAGUGGUAUCCAUUCUCGCCCUUCGGACCGGCCUUUAUGCCGGGCACGACGUCGGCGCUCAUCUUCUCCUGCUCCUUCAGGAUCCGCUUGGCUGCGUUCAUCGUGCGCCCGCCCUCUCUCCCCCUGGCUUGACCGAUGAGCCGAAAACGCUCCAGAGGCAAGGGCUCCCAACUUCGCGCUUCGCGCUCCGCGAAGCGCGAAGCGCGAAUAACUUCGCGCUCUCGCGCCGCCCCCCCAAAGGGAGAAAAGGAGGACGAGGAGGAGGGGGAGAAGGAGCGAGGACCGCGAAGCGCGAAGCGCGAAUAACUUCGCGCCCUCGAGGGAGCCCUUGCAGAGGCAGGCGGAUCGCGGCCUCUCUGAAGCGCAAGUCGGAAGCCCUCUCUGCGAGCCCACGG